AUGGCUACCUCAGUGAUGCACUAUCUUGGCUUCGGCAAGGAUGCUCCUGUAACCAAGGAGCCUGCUAAAGAUAUCCCCAUUCGGGCCUUACCUGCAUCAUGGUAUACUUCUCCCGAAAUGUAUGAGCUGGAACGCCGUGCAAUUUUCUCGAAGAGAUGGCUCUUCAUCACCCACAGCAUGCGAGUCAAGAACACCGGCGACUGGCUUCGCUAUGAGAUCGCCGGUUACGACUUCAUCAUCACCCGUGACCGGCAGGGCAACAUCAACGCAUUCCACAAUGUGUGCAGACACCGGGCGUAUCCAGUCAUUGAAAAGGAGGGCUCGGGAAAUUCCAAAAUUAUCUCCUGCCGAUACCACGGCUGGUCCUAUGGCCUGAAUGGUAAACUUGCCAAAGCCCCCGGAUAUCAAGAAUUGGAUGGUUUCGACAAAGACAAGAACAAUCUGUUUAAAAUCCAUGUCAAGGUCGAUGUCAAUGGCUUCGUCUGGGUCAAUCUCGAUGCAAAUGAAACUCCAGAAGUUUCAUGGGAAGAGCACUUCCGCGACGUCGACAAGCAAGAGCGGUACAAGGCCUACGACUUCGAGAACUACGACCUUGACCAUUCCUAUGAGCUAGAAGGCCACUAUAACUGGAAGAUCCUGGCUGAUAACUUCAACGAAUGUUACCACUGCCCAACGACACAUGCCGAUAUUCCUGCUUUCCUCAACCUUGAAUCUUUCGACAGCGACACUAAGGACGGACAUAUCCAGCACCAUUGCGAGUCAACACCGGAGCAAAUGGCCAAAGGUCUCUAUACCGCCAGCACCUACUACUUCCCCAUAUCUGCCAUGGUUGUUUCACCGCAUUUCAUCAUGAUCCAGAAGUUCCUGCCUAAUAGCCAAGAUAGCUCCCAGAUGGCCUAUGAAAUCUACCGAAACAGGAAUUCCUCCGAUGAAGACUUCAAGCUAAUCAGCGACAUGUAUGCCCGCGUAAUGGGCGAAGACAAGGUCCUCUGCAACAACGCCCAAAAGAACCUCGAUCGAGGUGUCUUUACCAACGGGCAGCUUCAUCCGAAAUACGAGAAAGCGCCUCUGUUCUUCCAGAGCACAGUCCGGGAUGUAGUCACGGAGCACUUUGAGCGCGAGAAGAAAGAGGGACGAGAAAUCUGGCCGGCGAAGGCUAAGGUGCCGUGUGACACGGAGGUUAGUGACAAGGACGAGGCAAUUUGUGCUUCUCUUGCUUGUGGAGCUCAGAAGGAGGUUUUGGCUUGGUGA